AUGUGUGAAACGGCUGCCAAAUCUGAGGACGGAUUACACGCGACGAAGACUGCACAUGUGGAAGCUAACCACGACACAAAGAGAACUGACGAUGAGGAUGACCCCGAUUUAGGUGAACUAUACCGAGAUGCCAUGCGUGAGCAGGACCGCUUCCGCGAAGCAAUGGAAGCGUAUGAGAAGACCACAGCGGGAUCCAAAUUCAAGACGGAUGUCACCAGCAAAUCAAUGCAUACAUGGGAAGAAGUGCUGGAAGAAGUCAACAAAGCAUCGGAGACGUAUCAUUCUCGCGCGACGGUCUGGGGGAAGAUCCGAGCUGGCCUGCACAAGCUGGGCGAUAACAGUAGGGUCUUUGACGCGUGGGCUGGCCUGUUACCGUCGGGGUCGGACUGUGCAACUGUGAUCAGCGGUGGACUGAAACUUAUACUUGCGUGCGGCUCUCUACGUGUCUACACUUGCGCUGCUACACCAUAUCGUGUCGUGGAUCUCCGCACACAGUCUGAGCGCUUUGACAAAGCAGCCCGAUUAUGCUCGUACGAGGCGAUAGAACAGACGAGACAGAUAUCAAUCCAAAAUCAACAAACGCUGAACGACCACGUUGAUCGGUCGAUCACCCAGUGGGACAGCUUCCAGAAUGAGAUUCGCUCGGGUCAAGCGAGCACGCAACAAGAGAUUCACGCGAUGCAGCAGUAUCUGUUUGGGGUAGUGGAGCGGUUCCUUGGAAGCCAUGAUAGCGUGGAUCCGAAGACGGGGAAUGUGCGAGGGCCGAUGCUCCCAUCCGAUAAAGCUGCUACAGAACGGAGAGCUCUGCAGAUGUACCUACGCUCUCGCGACCACGCCUUCGCGGCUCUAGGCUAUACUUCAUCAACCCUCGAAGCCGACUUAACAACCAAUCUAGACAGCGUCUGGAAGCUUCCCCUGCCAUCCCAGGACCGUAUCAUCGCCGCCAUGCAGAGCCCAAAACUGCCCACCUGGAUCACCACCCCUACCUCCUCCACCCUAUUCAUAAACAUGAACACACCGGGUACAUCUCCUUUUUCGUCAUUCCUCCCCGCCAGACUCGUCCAGUCCAUUACCACCCAGCCCUCAGGUAACAAUAUCUAUAUCCUCGCCUUCUUCUGCAGCGCACACACCCGCUCAACCGAUCCAGACGCUGGCCCAUCAGGAAUGAUGCGCAACCUCAUCGGUCAGCUCCUACAAUCACACCCGGGGUUCGAUCUAUCCGCUGUUACAAAGCUACGCCAGCUACGCAGGGACGAUGUCCAUGGUCUAUGUGGAGUCUUUCAUGAGCUGAUACAGCAGCUUCCAGACGACGUCAUCGUGUUUUGUAUCGUGGAUGGGGUCACGGAGUUUGAGGACCGGAUGGCAUUGAAGGAGACUGGUGAAGAGGUGGUCAGGGCUCUGGUUUUGGCCGUUGAGAUGUGUAUUCAGAGACGAGGGAGCGGUGGCGGAUGCAUCUUCAAGCUACUGUUGACUAGUCAGAGAAAUAGUCGGCGCUUUUGGAGGCUCGUCACUAGUGAGGUGGGGGAGGUUGUCUGGAUCCCAGAAAGGGUCCCUUCUUUAGGAGGGUUUACCGUGGGUAAGUGGAAGGAGAGCAUUGGGGGGAAGAUGGACUGGUUGGGCAAGACAUAG